AGCCUAUACAGCCUGACAGCAAACCGUUACGAAAGGCUACAGCCCUGUACACUGUAGCAAAGAGGUUCUAAACCGUCUCUGACUGUAGCUAGUUAGCUAACCUCCAUUGUGUUGCAUGAUAACGUUAGGUUGUGUGUGUGUGAGACAGACAGACAGACAGACAGGCAGACAGGCAGACACGCAGCUGCGUGUUAUGCGUUAGGUAGGCGGUGGCAGAUUUGCGGAAGUAUGUGAAGCUGUAGUCAUAUGACCAGGCAGGCAGCCGGGGGAAAUGCUACCUAGAUAUGGAUAAAAUUCCUUGGACACGGUGACUAACAACCACAACGAGCACGAUGGACGAGAUUAAAGUGUCUCCUGACUAUAACUGGUUCAGAAGCACAGUGCCGCUGAAAAGAAUUAUUGUUGAUGACGAUGACAGUAAGGUGUGGUCGCUGUACGACGCCGGCCCAAAGAGCAUCCGCUGCCCCAUCAUCUUGCUCCCUCCAGUCAGUGGGACAGCCGAGGUGUUCUUCCAGCAGGUGCUGGCUCUGACGGGAUGGGGCUACAGAGUCAUCUCGCUGCAGUAUCCAGUGUACUGGGAUCUCAUGGAGUUCUGCGACGGCUUCAGGAAGCUUCUCGAUCACCUGCAGUUGGAUAAAGUCCAUCUGUUUGGAGCAUCCCUGGGAGGAUUCUUGGCUCAGAAGUUUGCAGAGUGCACACACAAGUCUCCCAGAGUGCACUCGCUGAUACUGUGUAAUUCCUUCAGUGAUACCUCCAUCUUUAAUCAGACGUGGACAGCCAACAGCUUCUGGUUGAUGCCAGCUUUCAUGUUGAAGAAGAUUGUUUUGGGGAACUUUGCCAAAGGGCCCGUGGACCCUAAAAUGGCAGAUGCAAUCGACUUCAUGGUUGACAGGUUGGAGAGUCUGAACCAAAGUGAGUUAGCAUCACGGCUAACACUCAACUGUCAGAACUCUUACGUGGAGCCGCACAAAAUCAAAGAUGUUGCUGUGACCAUUAUAGAUGUCUUUGAUCAGAGUGCUCUGUCGCUGGAGGCCAAGGAGGAGAUGUAUAAACUGUAUCCUAACGCCAGACGGGCUCAUCUGAAAACAGGAGGCAACUUCCCAUACCUGUGCAGGAGUGCUGAGGUCAACCUCUACAUACAGAUUCACCUGCGUCAGUUCCACGGGACGAGAUACGCUGCCAUCAGUCCUGCCAUGGUUAGUGCUGAGGAGCUGGAGGUGCAGGAGCAGGGAUCUGAACCCGACCAAUGACACCACACUUCCUCAACACUUUCUCUCGCUCUUCAGCAUUUCACCGGACCUAAUUAAAUUUUUAUGGACCUCAACAGUCAAUCAGCGAGUCAACUGAGAAUAUUUUUAUUUAACAGAUGAAGCAAUAUUUUGAUAAUGACCUGUACAUGGAUUGUACUUGGCCGCUUUGCUUUAAAAACGUAUGACACUUUGCCUUAUGUGGAAUGAAUUUGAUAAUUGUUGCACUCAUAAACUGCCUGAACUGUUUGCCUCAAGUGUUCAUUUCUAUUUGUAAUAUAUAUUGUGCUUAACAUGGUUUCCUGUUUGCAGAAAGAUGAACACUGCUUAUGUAGAGACGUAUAUUUGAAAGUGUUUGUUUAAUUCAAAGAGAUGAAAUUGCAUUUUUUUCCUCAAUUGUUUUUGAAUACAGUUACUUAUUUUAAAAUGUUACACGUGCAGUUAUUAUUUCCACUCAUGUGUCACAGUGGGGAGCUUUUACCAAUGUGACUCUGCCCUAAGGUUACAUGUUGUGCCUGGGAGCAGUGUCUUCUUAAAUCAAUCCAUCUGUUGAACUGCCAAAGCCUCUACCACUAAACACUUUCCUGUUCUGUUUUGACAAGCUGAAAAUCAAUCGUAGGUCCAAGACCACUACAACUACAACCUGGGGGUUCAUUCAGAGCUCCAAAUGUAGUGAUAACUGAUCACUUUUGUUUCUCUGCUUCUGAACACUUGUAGAAUAAAUGAUGUCCUGUGCCUUUGUAUAAUGCAAACAUGCUCUACACUGUGAAACAUUUCCAUUUCAUUUUGUCACUUUCUAGCAGAUGAAUCUUGAAAUCUGCUAAUGUCAUGUACAACCAAGGAGGAAGUGAAGAAUGUGCU